AUGGAUGGAUGGCGGAGAUUGAACCGGGUGAAGCUUCGCAUGGAGAUUUUGAUUAUGACUCUGUUGUUAUUUCAUCAAGGUUUUAGCUUUUGUCGGUCUCUGAACACAGAAGGUUUGGCUUUGUUGAGGUUUAGAGAGCGCGUGGAGAGAGACCCAUUUGGAGCUUUAUCGAAUUGGGUUGAUAAAGAUGGAGACAUUGAUCCUUGUUCUUGGUUUGGAGUCGAAUGCUCUGAUGGCAAAGUCGUGAUCUUGCAUUUGACAAACCUCUGUCUUGGAGGGACACUGACACCUCAACUUGGGAGACUAACUUACUUGAAAUCAAUCAAUUUACGCAACAAUUCUUUCUACGGAAACAUUCCUAGAGAAAUCGGAGAAUUGAAGGAGCUGGAGGUGUUGGACUUGGGAUAUAAUAACUUUAGCGGACCAUUUCCUUCUAACUCUGGAAAUAAUCUAUCACUGACUACCCUCUUGCUUGACAAUAACAAGUUUCUUGACAGCAUAUCUCCUGAACUAAAUGAGCUUAAGGUACUUUCUGAAGUUCAGGCAGAUGAGAAUCAGUUAAGAGCUUCUUGUUGCUGCAGAGACAUUAUCUGGAACAUUGUUCAAUCUGGAAGUAUAGCUCACCGGAUGCUGCUGCAGGUGGCAGCGGCUCCAAAUCCAUCCAUAGCCAACGAUCAUCCUAAAGCACGUCAAAGUGGUUCUGAAGCAUCGCCUUCUCCAUCUUUAUUGGCUCCAUCUGGAUCUCAAUUAUCACCAUCACUGACACCCUCAGACUCACCGUUUAUAUCACCAUCACUGACACCCUCAGACUCACCGUCACCAUCAUUUUCCCUAUCACCGUCUCCUUCAGAGUCUCCGUCAUUUUCUCCAGCAGAAUCCUCUUCCAGUCUUCCUUUGCCUCCUUCACCCUCACCCAUGAUGGCACCAACUCCAGGUUCACCUGCUCCCGAAAAUCCACCAAGUGUCUUUAUUGUACCACCACAACGUGAUUGGGUGUCAAUGGUCCCUGCUCCAAGUCCAAAUCAUUUGGAAUAUUCAAAGUCAAAACAUCACACUGUUCUCAUUGCUGGUGUUAUUGCUGGCACUAUGUUUGCUUUGAUUUCAGCCAUUGGCAUUUUCUUCUUCAGAAGCAACAAGGUAGUCACUGUCAGACCUUGGGCCACAGGUUUAAGUGGGCAGCUGCAAAAAGCAUUUGUAACAGGCGUACCAAAACUCAAGAGAUCAGAACUUGAAGCCGCUUGUGAAGAUUUCAGUAACAUAAUUGGCUCCUUCUCAGAUGGCACGGUGUACAAGGGGACACUAUCAAGUGGGGUUGAAAUAGCUGUGACGUCUACUGCAGUAAGAUCUCGUGAAGACUGGUUGAAGAAUUUAGAAGCACAAUUCAGAAAGAAGAUUGACACAUUAUCAAAAAUGAACCACAAGAAUUUUGUGAACCUGAUUGGAUUUUGUGAAGAAGAUGAGCCUUUCACAAGAACGAUGGUUUUCGAAUAUGCUCCAAAUGGAACUCUGUUUGAACAUCUGCACAUAAAAGAAGCCGAACACUUGGACUGGGGAAUGAGAUUACGAAUAGCAAUGGGUAUAACAUAUUGCCUCGAAUACAUGCAUCAACUAACUCCACCUAUAGCCCAUAAGAAUCUGCAGUCAUCGUCAAUUUAUCUGACUGAAGACUAUGCAGCCAAAAUAUCAGAUUUCAGUUUAUGGAAUGAUGCAACAGCAGCAAAGAUUGGAUCAGCAUCCAUGGAGCUGUUAGAAUCCCAUACAUCGGAUCUAGAGAGCAAUAUUUACAGUUUUGGGGUAAUUUUGUUUGAAAUGAUAACUGGCAGGAUCCCAUAUGCAGUGGACAAUGGCUCUCUCGCUGACUGGGCAUCAGACUAUCUGAGAAGAGAGCAACCAUUAAAAGAAAUGGUCGAUCCAACUCUAAAAUCUUUCCAAGAGGAUGAACUUGAGAAAUUGUCCGAAGUAAUAAGAAAUUGCAUCCAUCCUGAUCCGAAACAGAGACCAACAAUGAAAGAGAUUGCAGCUAAGUUGAAAGAGAUCACAGCAAUGGGACCUGAUGGAGCAACACCAAAAUUAUCACCUCUUUGGUGGGCAGAACUUGAAAUUAUGUCUACAGAAGGAAGUUGA